UGGCUGCAGUGUCCGCUGUCUGGCGCGCCGAGGGGCACGAGAGCCGGGCCGGGGGCUGCGGAGAUGCGCGGGCUGCCGGCGGCCUUGGGCGCGUUGCUGGCGAUGGGGCUGUGCGGCCUGGGCACGGAGCGCUGCCCCCCCGCCGCGUGCGAGUGCUCGGACUGGGACCGCCACAAGGUCACCUGCAAGGAGACGCGCUCCAUGCCCAGCCUCCCGCGGGACACCCAGACCCUGAGACUUAUGGAGACUCAUCUAAGAACAAUUCCAAGUGAAGCAUUUUCCGAUCUCCCCAAUAUCUCCAGAAUCUAUAUCUCCAUAGAUGCAACACUUCACAGGUUGGAGGCCCAUUCCUUCUACAGUUUAAGUAAAGUCACUCAUAUUGAAAUUCGAAAUGUUAGAAACCUAAGUUACAUAGAUCCAGAUGCCUUUAAGAACCUCCCACUGUUAAAAUACCUUGGGAUUUUCAACACUGGACUCAGAGUAUUUCCUGACCUCACCAAAAUCUAUUCAUCCGAUGUGAACUUUUUACUUGAAAUUGCAGAUAAUCCUUUUCUGACUUCAGUGCCUGCAAAUGCUUUCCAUGGGCUGUGCAAUGAAUCCCUUACACUCAAACUCUACAAUAAUGGCUUCACUAGGGUCCAAGCCCAUGCUUUUAAUGGAACAAAGCUGGAUGCUGUCUACCUGCAUAAGAACAAAUACCUGAAAGUUAUUGAUGAAGAUGCAUUUUUGGGUGUGCACAGUGGACCAACCCUGCUUGACGUCUCCCAGACAGAUAUUGCUGCUCUUCCAACAAAAGGAUUGGAAAACCUUAAAGAACUCAUGGCAAAAUAUACAUGGACCUUAAAGAAACUACCCCCUGUGAAAACAUUUUCUCAACUAAUGCGAGCUUACUUGUCCUACCCAAGCCACUGCUGUGCUUUCAAGAACUGGAAGAAAACGAAAGGAGUUCCGGAAUACCUGAUGUGUAACCAGACCAGCAGUUAUAACGUCCGUAAAAGAAGAUCUGUAAGUGCCUUUAAUGGUCCUUUUUACCAAGACUAUGCAGAAGGAGAUACAGAGCACACUGAGGCAGUGUAUGACAAAAACUCCAAAUUCAGGGAUUUUUAUGGCAAUUCCCACUACUAUGUCUUUUUUGAAGAGCAGGGGGAUGGAGAUGUUGGAUUUGGCCAAGAAAUCAAGAACCCUCAAGAGGAAAAUGCCCAGGCAUUUGACAGCCACUAUGACUAUACUGUCUGUGGGGGCAAUGAAGAAAUAGUAUGCACCCCAGAGCCUGAUGAGUUUAAUCCCUGUGAAGACAUAAUGGGGUAUACAUUUCUAAGGAUUGUGGUUUGGUUUGUGAACCUCCUUGCCAUCCUGGGUAAUAUUUUUGUCCUGUUCAUCCUUCUCACCAGCCAUUACAAGUUGACUGUCCCACGUUUUUUGAUGUGCAACCUGGCCUUUGCAGAUUUCUGCAUGGGACUGUAUCUUCUUUUGAUUGCUUCUGUGGAUCUCUACAGUCGGUCAGAGUAUUACAACCAUGCCAUAGAGUGGCAGACAGGGCCUGGAUGCAAUACAGCUGGCUUUUUCACCGUCUUUGCCAGUGAGCUUUCUGUGUAUACCCUGACUGUAAUCACCCUGGAGCGCUGGUAUGCCAUCACUUUUGCCAUGCGUCCAGACAGGAAAAUUCGUCUCCGGUAUGCAUUGGUUGUCAUGCUGGGUGGUUGGCUCUCAUGCUUUAUUCUUGCUCUCUUGCCAAUGUUUGGAGUCAGCAGCUACACUAAAGUCAGUAUCUGCCUACCUAUGGAUAUUGGAACACCCUUGGCUGAAGCCUACGUUGUCUUUGUUUUGAUGUUGAACAUUAUUGCUUUUAUCAUCAUCUGUGCAUGCUACAUCAAAAUCUAUAUCACUGUGCGAAACCCUCACUACAAGUCAGGAGACAAAGACACAAAAAUUGCCAAAAGGAUGGCAGUGUUGAUUUUCACUGACUUCCUGUGCAUGGCACCUAUCUCAUUUUAUGCUUUAUCUGCCAUUAUGAACAAACCCUUGAUAACAGUUAGCAAUUCCAAGAUCCUGCUGGUGCUCUUCUACCCACUGAAUUCUUGUGCCAACCCCUUCCUCUAUGCUAUUUUCACCAAGGCUUUCCGAAGGGAUGUCUUCAUCCUACUUAGCAAGUUUGGCAUAUGUGAGCAUCAGGCUCAAAUCUACAGGGGUCAGACAGUCUCCAUCAAAAACAGCAGUGUUUUUUAUGGCCAGAGAGGCAGCCGAGGAACAGCUCAAGUUCUUACAAACAUCCACAACCCACAGGGUGGCUACCAUUUGGCAAUGGCAAUGCCAGAUCAAAUUGUUAUGGAAGACUGGAAGCUUACUGAAUUAUAACAUCUGGAAGCAUCACACCUGCAGUGAGGCUAGAUUCAUAACCAAGAUAAAAACAUUAAUAAGAUGCAGUUCUUUCCUAGCCGUGGUGGGUUUUGAGGUACCUCAGAAAAGAUUUAGGUUUUUCUUUUGAGUGUAUCAUUCACCUGAAUCUCCAGUCUUAAACCACUGUCAGCAUAAAACAAGGUCCAAAUUAUGGUGAUGAAAUUGGAAGCUAAUGUAAAAACUCCAUUUAUACUGCAGGGGGUGUCAAAGAUCCAGUCUGCAGAACCCCAUUGUCUGGACCCCAGUGCUGCCCCUUGGUCCAGAGUUGACUCACGCUGUAUGCAGUGCAUACCAGACUGGCCCAGAGUGCAAUGCCUGGCAUGUGUGCUGCACAUAAUGUCUGCCCUGGCUGAGCCAGGGCCCAUGCUGCAUGCCACAUCCAACCCAGCUAGUCUUGGACAUGUGCCACACCUGCCCCAGAUGGUCCAGAUCACAUGCAUGCAUGUGGCAUCUCCUCCAGCCAGUCCAGGAUCUGCAUUGCAUGCAGCACCCCCACCCUCCACAGCUGUUCUGGGCUGGGAACUGUAUGCACUGGUCAGAUCAAGCACUGCAUGCAGCAUGCAUUCUGGACUGGCCCUGUAUGGGCACCAUGUACAGUCCUGGACUGACUGGAGCUAAUACCGCAUAUGCUGGAUCUGGCAUGCAUUGGAGGGGUGGAUGGUUCUGUGAGUCCAGUCUGGCCAUGGAUCAUUCAUCCAGCCCUGCACCACCACCACUCAUCCAGCCCACAGGACCAGAUGAUGUUGAUACCCCUGGACAGGGCCAUCCCUAGGGGGGUGGUGAAUCAGGGCAACUGCCUCAGGCCCUGCAGUUUGGGGGGCCCUGUGGACAGUGCCGUACAGGCCUGACCACGGCCACCACACACCACCACUGCUGAGCAUCGCCAGUUCUGCUGCUAAGUUCUGCAGGCUCCAGCCGCUCACCACCCGCCUCCUCCAGGCCCCUUACAGGCUGAUAUGCCCUGGGACCCACACACCCCUAGGGACGGCUCUACCCCUGGGUUAUAUAAAAUAAGUGGAAAGGAAGACUCAGCAGAAACUUUGGGUAGGUUUUGUAAAUGUAUAAUUAUAGUGGAGUUAUGAUAGAAAAGCAAAAAUUAUGUUGUGAAUUUCUCAAAUUCCAGAUCAAACUGGCAUGUCUGGGAUCAGGUAUGUCACGGUCGGCAGGGCUAACCGGACCUUAUCGUGCAUCCAUAGGUGCAUCUCAAGUAGGUCCAAGGAGAUGAUCCUUCCCCUCUAUGCAACACUGGUCAGGCCACAGCUGGAGUACUGUGUCCAGUUCUGGGCACCCCACUUCAAGAGGGAUGUGGACAACAUUGAGAGGGUCCAGAGGAGGGCCCACCCGCAUGAUCCGGGGACAGCAGGGCAGAUCCUACAAUGACAGGCUAUGGCACCUGAACCUGUUCAGCCUUCACAAGAGAAGGGGGGACCUGGUGACUGUCUAUAAACUCACUAGGGGGAACCAGAAGGGGUUGGGGGAGACCUUGUUUCCCCUAGCGCCCCCCGGGAUAACAAGGAAUAAUGGCCACAAGUUGUUGGAGAGUAGGUUUAGAUUAGACAUCCAUAGGAAGUACUUCACAGUUAGGGCGGCUAGGAUCUGGAACCAACUUCCAAGGGAAGUGGUGCUGGCUCCUACCCUGGGGGUCUUUAAGAAUCGGCUUCAUGCCUACCUGGCUGGGGUCAUUUGAGCCCAGUUUUCCUCCUGCCCAGGCAGGGGGUCGGACUUGAAGAUCUACAAGGUCCCUUCCGACCCUACUUCUAUGAUUCUAUGAUUCUAUGAUGUCAGAAGGUUGAUUUGUCUUUCUAACUGCCAGCUUCCUGAACUCCUUUUGGGACCCAAAAGGCAAAUGGGGUUCUGUCUGCUUCUACCAUCAGCACCUGUAAUUGACACAGUGUAACUGGAACUUAGUUCAUAGUUUUGUUUAAGAUAUGGGAAGCAGAAUAGAACUGAGCUGGUUUUUCCGCCACUCAUGUUGCUGCUAUAGUGCAAAAAAACCCCCAAAGCAUCAAAGAAACACCCCCCAAAACAGUAAAGUUGUUGUCAUCAUCAUAUGUAUGUCAACUGGUAGCAGGUAUUUGAGCUUUUACCUUUAUCCUAAUGUGUUGAUCAAUAUGUCACUCAUUUUCAAGUAAGUCUGAUUUUUGGAUGGUGGGUUUAAAGGGAAAUUUGCUUCACUUUCUUCUGGAGAUGAAAUCUGUCCAAACCUGAUGGGUUCUGAUCCCUGGCUUAAAUAAUUUGCUUUAGUAGCUGGAAAAACUCAAAAUUCUGGUACAAGCUAAAAUUAAGCAUUUGCCCCCACAAUUCUUUAUUGGCCCUAUAUUUGGCCUCUGUUUGGUUAUCUGCAUAUACUUAAUUAUAUAAAUAAAUUUAAUCACAGUUAGUUGUUGCACAGUAACGCAUGUGUAGAUGCGACUCGGGAGCAAAUUUGCUCCCAAGUCUGCCCGGCUACUAGGGAGUCGCCCUGAGGCCAACCCUAGGUCUGCAGCCUAGGAGCUUCUCUUGCUUCAGGGCUGGGCUGCCUGUAUGUCAGCCCCUGCCUGAAGGCAAUAAAAGCACGGAGACAUCUUGUGCCCUGGAGCACACAGCACAUGCAGCCUGCAGGCACUCCAGGCCCUAUGUGUCCCCCUGGGCAGGCCACAGCCCUGCUAUGCCUGCCUGCCAACACCCCAGCACUGCUGCCUGGUGCUGCACUGCCUUGCAGCUGACAGGGCAGUGCAAUUAGGGCCACCUGUGUGCUGAAGGGUGCUCCAGGCUGCUGCAGCACCUACCCAGCCCUGUCAGCCCUGCAGGGCUGCUUUCUGGCAGCAGGGCCAGCACCACCUGCCUGCAGUAUGCCUCCAGCAUCCUGCCCUGCACCUGCAGGUGCUGCAGGGCAUAGACCCUGCUGUGCAGUUGACUGUCCCACACUGUGCUCCUGCGCUGGGUACUGCUGGCAGCUUCCCAGCACCGGCAACACAGACAACCCUACGGGGGCCCAGAAAGCUGGCACAGGGCCCAGCAAGGCUUCAUCCUCCCUGUCCAGACUGGGGAUCACAUGCAUGCGCAUGCCUGUGCCCUCCACCCAUGGCCCCAACUGAAGCCAGGUGGAGACUGGCUACCUCAUGGCAUUCUGGGGUGAGGCAGAGGUGCUGCUCCCAUUUGAGUGGGGCAGGUGCUCCAAUGCCCAAAUUUCUGAGGCCCUGUUGGGUGGGAUGUGGGAGCAAGGGCAUGACCAGUUAGCACAGGAGUGCUGCAUAAAGGUCAAGGCCUUGCAGUCAGAGUAGGUCUUCAUGACCAACCACAACUGUUGGUCCAGCCGUGCCUACAAGACCAUGUUCUUUAUGCAGCAGCUGACCAAUAUUUUGAUACCUCAGGAUCCAGGCCACAACUGUGCAGUUGAUACCAGCAUGGGAAGCCUGCCCAAGCCCCCACUCCACCCUGACACCUCUGGUGACAUGUCACUAGAGAAGGGACCCUUGGGCAUGCAGCACCCCAACCUGCCCAGCUCCCCAGCUGCAGCCUCCACCAGCAGGUUGGGGAGCCCUGGCCAGCGCCUGCUUCACCAGUUGUGCAGCCCCAGAGCCAGCCAUGAGGAACGGCCAGCCAGGAUGUGGCUGGUGACCAGCAGCACCAGCUCCUCCCUGGGGGCGGGAGGCCCCCAGCCAGGUGCCCACACGCUGUGCCCCAUGUGCCAAGGACACCAGGCACAGCUGCAUGCCUUCACCAGCUGGGAGGACCACACUGAGCCACCAGCCAUGCCAGCCCUGGACAAGUGGUAAGCCCUGCACUAGGGAAGGGCUGUCCCCACCCCAGCCCCUGCCCCCAACUCCAGCCCCUGCCUCUGCCCCUGUCCCCCCCUUCCCUGCCUGGCCUACCCACUCCCCUGGCCCUGGGUUCCCCCCUACAGGAUACAAAGAGGUGGGACACAGUACAAAAAUGUAUUGAGCAGCCCGUGCCCCCACAGUUGGGCAGGCACAGAUGUCUCAUACCCCGAGGAACUCAUUGGUGCUGGCAGCAAUGUUUUUCUCAGCAGUGGGGGGCAGAGAUAUGUAGUGCUGCCACAGGUAGCCCUCCAGAGGGUGGCAGAGGUUGUGGGGCAGCCUGGACUUGCCCCUGUGCCAUCAUAGCUCAGGGUCCCAAAUCUGGAGUGCAGGUGUGCCUAAGGCACCAUGAGGAUCAGCAGUAUCAGGGUGUGGUGGAUCUGACAUCCCUCGGCCCACUCAAACAGUUCAUCAUGCACCGGCCGGGCCACGUGCAGUAGGGGCACGCUUGGGGCACAGUGGCAGCAUGGUGGGGGGCUGGCCUUGGGGCACCUCCCCAGAGAGGCCCCCAGAGAGGAGUGGGGGCAUGGCCAGUUCCUCAUCCCACUUGUCUGGGAACCCCAGGCCUCCCCCAGCCCGGGUGCCAUGGGCUGGGUGACAGCGCAGUACAGUGGUUGGCAUGCAGGGGGAGGAGGGGGAGUGGGAUCUGGACCCGUGGCAGGAGGUGUUGCCAGGAGCCUGGCCUGUCCUAGCCUGGGAACCUGGGCAGGGGAGGCAGGCUGCCUGUGGCCAGCACCCAGUGGCCUGCCAGCUCCAAGGGAGCACACAGGAACAGGGAAUUUGGCUGGCAGCCGCCUAGGCCCAGGCCUGCCCAGCCCAACUUACCAUCAUCCCUUGGCACGCAUGCCAUCAUCCCUGGGCACCCAUGCAUGGCCAGCCCCCUAUCUGAGACCAGGCAGUGCAAGGCUCCUGGUGCAGAGCAUCUCAUCUCUGAAAUGUUGCAAACUCACAAAAGGUUUCUGUCUCAUGACUCUGCAGGUCCAGCAUCUGGAUGCAGGGGAGAAGCCUCAGUGGUCAGUGGGGAUGCUGGCUCAGGGUCAGCGCUGCCCACCACUGGGACCUCCAGAUGCAUCAGCUGUGCUAGAGGUGCACACAGGACCAGAUCCUCUUCCUCCAGUAGCUGGUGGCAGUGGUAGAGGAGCAGGAGGAGAAUGCCCAGGCCUGGCAGGCAGAGGACUUGGCCCACCAGGAGAGGUGGUGGGCGGAGGUCAUUGCCCAGGAGGAGGCGUGGGACCGGACCCACCAGAAGUUCCAGGCUGAGUUCCUGGCCCUGGAGUGAAAGUGGAUCCAGGUCCUGUGAAAGAACACCAUUCUGGGCCAGGCAGUGCAGGCCACAGAUGAUGACUGUCAGGUGCUGGAUACCAUCUUGGGCCUGGCAGUCUCAUUUGCGCGCGCUGCUGCCUGACCCCCAUCCCUAACCCCAAAGGCCCCCUGACAGCCAUCUAGCACCCUUCAGCAGGCCCUGACCUGGGCCUGGGAGUAGAUCCUCCAUUGCCUCCAGCCCCUGCCCUGUGUCUGCCACCACCCAACCCCCCUGGCCUGCUGCUCACCCCGGCUCCAUGCAGGAGCAGCCAGCAACAUGGACACGACCACAUGCCAGCCUUGCUGGCCAUGGACAAGCCCCGGCAGAGGGGGAGUUGCCCAUGCCAGGGGACCAGUGACUACCAUCACCAUGGGGUUUGCCCCUUGCACACUCUGGCAUGCACCCCCACAAGGGAAAAGCCAGAGGCCAGGGUGCUGGGCACCUGUCCCCAGGCUCUGCCCCUAGGCACCCCCGCCCCCCCAUGCCCCCCCUCCCCUACUCCAGGACACCAAAAACCCACUUUGUAAAUAGCUUUCACUGGGAAGAGGGUUUUUUGUUGCUGGGGUGGGGGGAUGGUGGAGGAACCCUGUUGGGAAGGGAAGGGAA